GCGGGUUGGUGGGAGAGGGAAAUCACGUGUGGUGAAGCCGUGUUCAGAGCUCCCCUCCGGACUGCCUGUAAUCCACACUGCCAGUCGAGAGACUGGCUCCGGUAGUCAGCAGCAAGAGAGCUCUGGACAGAUGUAACACAGAAGAGGCAGAGCCCCUUCUCAACGUCGCACACACCUGGAGUUGGGAUGAGGAGAGGGUGUGGGAUCAUCCAGCUUCAGUGCAGCUGCAGGGAACUGCUCCAAAGAUGCCUGAGCAUCCAUAGAGAGACAGUCUGUGUACGUUAGGCAAGAGUCUCCUGCCUCUUUUCUCCUUAAGCAAGAAAGCUGCUAUUGUUCCUGUCGAACAGAGGGAGAAAUUGUGAAGGCUUGUGCGAUACCUACUGGAAGACAAGGGGUCACGAUGGAAAUGAAACUAUUACAAGCUCCUGCUACAUUCUGGUUUGUGUGGUUCCAACUCCCUGGUGUAAGGUUGGAGAGCUGAUGUUUCUCAAGGUGGGAAGGUGAUCGUGGUCUGGCCGCUCCUGUUGCCUGCCCUUCGCUUGUGAUAGGAUCGGAUUUACAUGGAAUGGCACAGAAUACAAAAGUCAUGACUUUCUACAUGGAGCUGAGAACCGGUCACUCCAGGAAUUGUGUCCAAAUGCCUUCAGAAUCUCCGGGACGGGGCUAUCUGAACCCAGCUCAGUACGAAGCCCCCAGCCGGUCACCAUGCCAAUCCUCUUCCGCCAAUUCACUGACCCCCCGGCCCCAUGUGCAGAGACGCAGCCUGCCGCCAGAAGCCAGAGUCGACUUCUUGGGCUUGCCUGGCCGAGAAAGGAUCGGGUCCUCGCUGGUCCGCACACGAUCGGAGACCAACCCCUUUCGGGAAACGAUCCCCAGCAACCCAGGGAGGUCCACUGCUCCCACCUCCCCGGUGGGAGUCAGGACUCGCUCCUUCUGCCCCGCUACCUUGGAGAAUACAGUAAGAAAGGCGAACUUCAAUACUGGAGGUAAAAGCUCAGUCGUUACUUUCAGCUACAUCGAAAAGGCCAAGGUGAAGACCAUCGUUAAUCCGUUCAGCACACCGGUGGUUUCACACGAAGCAAAACGUCUUUCCACAGCGCAAUUUCCGUCAGCUGGAUAUGGAAGCCCACAAACUGGGCACAAAGCAUUGUCGAGUUUUGUAUCAAAACUGCCUCAGAUGGGAAGUCUAGACAUGGUGACUGUGGGAGCCUCGAACAGGCCAUCAGAUGGGUUGGUUGCCAGCCAAUGCUUGGUCGACAGUGUUAGUACAAAGUGCCCUGAUGCUCAACAUUCCCACAUUGGCCUUCAAAAUGGGAACAGGAUAGACCACUUGUUCAUAUCAGAACCGUCACAGACCAGUAGUCAGGACCUGGGAACAAACCCAACGACUGCAUCCACUUUCAGUGAAACAUCCAACAAUAAUAUUGACAUAUCUAAUCACAGCUCAGACCCAUCAAUUGGAAUGGAGAGACCAAACAGCCCUGGCUUCAAACAGGCCUACUCUUGUACAUGGGCCAGGGAACACUCCGAGCGUGCUCAGAAGAUCGCAAAGGCCAGACGAGAAUUCUUCUAUGGAACCUCAGAACCGCAGACCCCAGAAGAUAAAGCUGAAUCGGAGAUCCAGCAGACAUUAGCAAAUCCACACGCCGUUGACAAUAAUGAAACAGUGUGGAAAGAGGUGUCCACCGAUGGAACAUCUGGGACUUGGAAGUCUGUCAAUCGCGGCUUGAGGGAGGAGGCCAAUGGUCCAAAAGUCUCUCCUUUGCCAAAUGGGAAUCCCACGAAUUGCAAACCAGGAGAUGCAUCCAGAAGGACCAAGUUCUCGGAGACAGACCUGGACGCUGUGCCGGUCAGACGCUACCAGGAAACCAAUCUAGAUGAAGUCAUGGCUGAACACAACAUGGACAGUACAAAGAAGUGCCAGAUUCUGCAACACCCUGGUUCAACAGUUGGAUGUGAUGUCCAGGUGGACACUCAUUCCAUUUCUACCGUGUUGUCCAUGCCAGAUGGGAACCCUGGGAGUGGAGGAGAGAGUGGAGAGGAAGAGUCCAAAGCCCCAGACGAUGAGGUAUUCUACGAGACCACUUCUUCUGCUGCUGACAGGUCACCAGACACAGAGGUCAAAAAUCUGCUUCCAUCUAUGGCCUUGAUCUGCAUUUCCCGGAGCCUGUCUGAAGAAGGCACUGACACCUUCAGCAAACAGUUUGAGUGCAUCCUGGAGUCUCAAUGUGCCAAAGGCACCUCCUACACCAGCCUAGACUCAGUGGAAAUUCUGGCCUCUCCAAAAAGGAGCCAGGGGAAUUACUUCACCUUUGACUUUCCAGCGCUGACCUCGGAAAUCCAGGAGCAGAUCAAGGAGAAUGCCCGUCUGAUCGAAGAGAAGUUUUUACCCUGGCCCAGUGCUAAUUCGUCCACGGACUCCAGAGUGGACUCGAGCUGGUCAGGAAGCCCCAGGUCCCAGGUGUCAAGAGUGGAGAGGAAGCCAAAUGCCAACCCAAUGGUGGGCUACAGCAAGUCGGAGAACCUUCUCACCAAGUGCCAACUCUACACAAGCAACAGCUUACUCAAGGGGGUCCGUGAAAUGGACACUGAUGACCCACAGUCAGAUUAUUCAUCUAGAGACAGCAACUUGAACCACUUGGUGAUGGACUCCGAGUCCGAGAUGGACAGCACUGAACAGCUGGCGUUGGGAAGCACGGACACUUUGGCCAACGGCAACAAGACUGACCAAGAGGCGGCCAAACGGCUGGCCAAGCGCCUGUAUUACCUGGACGGGUUCAAGAGAUCGGACGUGGCUCGGCACAUGGGGAAAAAUAAUGACUUCAGUAAGAUGGUUGCUGAGGAAUACCUGAGAUUUUUCGAUUUCACGGGACUGAGCUUGGACCAUGCACUAAGGGCAUUCCUGAAGGAGUUUGCACUCAUGGGAGAGACUCAGGAGAGGGAGCGCGUGCUGAUCCACUUUUCGCACAGAUACCACCAGUGCAAUCCGGACACCAUCACCGCAGAGGAUGGGAUACACACACUUACUUGUGCAAUAAUGCUGCUAAACACCGACCUUCACGGGCAUAAUAUUGGCAAAAGGAUGUCUUGCUCCGACUUCAUUACAAACCUAGAAGGACUGAAUGAUGGUAAAGACUUCCCUAAAGAUUUGCUCAAGGUCUUGUACAGUUCUAUAAAAAAUGAGAAAUUACAGUGGACAAUUAAUGAAGAGGAACUCCGCAAGUCCUUGUCAGAGCUGGCUGAUGAAAGGACGAAUCCGAGCUUGAAGACCAUGAAACGCAUCAGCCGUGGCAGUAACCCCUUCCUCGAUAUCAUGCAGGACCCCACAGCGGCCACCUACAAGCAUGGCUUCCUGGUACGCAAAGUACAUGCUGACUCUGACGGGAAGAAAACUCCCCGGGGCAGACGAGGCUGGAAGACAUUCUAUGGAGUGCUGAAGGGGAUGAUUCUCUACCUGCAGAAGGAUGCAUACAAGUCGGAUAAGCAGUUAUCGGAAGAGGAUUUAAAGAACGCCAUCAGCAUUCACCACUCGCUGGCAGUGCGAGCGUCGGACUACGGCAAGAAGCCCAAUGUCUUCUACUUAAAGACAGCGGACUGGAGAGUGUUCCUUCUCCAAGCCCCGAGCGCGGACCUGAUGCAGUCCUGGAUCACCCGCAUCAACCUGGUGUCGGCCAUGUUUUCCGCUCCGCCGUUUCCCGCGGCCAUCGGGUCCCAGAAGAAGUUUAGCCGGCCCCUGCUGCCCACCGCGGUGACCAGGCUGUCUCUGGAGGAGCAGAUAAAGGCUCACGAUGCCCGGCUGAAGGCAAUGACCACCGACCUAGCCGAGCAUCACUCAUUCCCUCUGGACAAGAAGGCGAAGGGGAAAGAGCUGGAGGAGUACAAGCAGAAGGAGGAAUACUUGGAGUUCGAGGAGAUGCGGUUCUGUACCUACGUCUCCCUGCUUCGGGCCAAGCUGAAGGCCGGCACCGAUGACCUGGACAAAUUUGACGCCGCCUUGUUCGACACUGCCGAGAACGAAGGGAACGGCCUGAAGAAGUCACACUCCAGCCCCUCCCUCAACCUGGAGCCGCCGGUGGUGGCCAUCAGGAUCAAACGCAAUACUUCGGAGCGCAGGAAUAAUCGGCACCCUGCGAGCGCCAAGCACAAACUGUAACGCACGGUUGGCCCAACCUUGCGCUGAGACUGCCGCGUGCGUUGUACGUUCGGCGGCAGCUUAAGGACAGUAGUGUAGAGCCAUUGGUAGCUCCUCGUGCUGGUUGGUGAAUGUCUGGCUCAAGCACAGAAUGAUGUAGAUACGAUUCCCUUUGCCAAGUGCAGACACUGUGACUGAGGAUGGUAAGGACUGUGCCUCAGAGCAACACCAUUGGGAAGGGCAGUAGCCAGCAGGCCAGGCCUCGCACCAUCUGCCAAACAGCGAGUCCAAGCCCAACUUGUACUCUGAAUCUGAACUAGGAGCCACUUCUUCCUGCAAAGGCCUCCGUACUUCCCCCUUGAGCGAUGGGGAAGGAAGGACCGCCCUUUGCAGCGUCUGAAGUUCUGGUGUCAUUGUGUCCCCAAUGGUGUGGCUGAACAAACACGUUUGAGUUGGAUAGGGCGGCAUGGAAGCCGGGAGGGGCAGAGGUGAGGGGUGGCACACUUUGGGUUGUGCUUCCCAUAUUUGGCGGGACCAACUGGAGAAGGCUUCCCCCAAUGUGAACUAAUGGACAUGUUCUCCUGACCUGACGAUCAGCCGAUAGUCUUGUCAACACAGCUGUCUUCAAAACUUUUAUUUAUGCUGUGUUUCUCUUCUCCACUCCUCACGUCUCAGCUGUUUGUACCUGCUCCCCCCCCCCCCCCCCCCCCCCCUUGUGAAUGUUAAAUUAUUUCCACAGUUUAUGUCAGUUGAAUGUGUGUUUCAUAAAACAGGACCUCAGUAUGAAUCGGGGACUGGAUUUAUCAACUCUGUUAGUGCACAUGAUCACGUCACACUGCUUGCACCAGACUCCCGUCUGUCCAAGCCAUUCAAUCCUGCUCUUCUCAGAUAUACUUUGUAGAUGUUCCCAGACCUUGUCGGUGCUGGUUAAUUCUAAAGGCAGAAACUCAAAAACUAUCCAAAAGUUUCAAAUGGUGUAAGAGAGUGAGUGGGGGCAGGUGCGCGCCCUGUGUGGCAGCGGCACAGAUGUGUGCUCUGUGUCACACCACAACAGUGGUGACAGAUGUGCAGUCAUUGUGACAGUGUGACGACGGGCAGAUGUGCACUCUGUGAGGCAGUGGUACACUGUAACAAAGCAGCAGUAAGGGCAGAUGUGUGCUGUGCAACAAUGUGGGCAGAUGUGCACUCUCAGCACGGGCAGAUGUGUGGUCUGUAUGACAAUCUGUGUUGAGAUUGGAUGAUGUGCAGAUGUGUGCUCUGUGCGACAGUGUCUCCAGAUGUGUGCUCUGUGUAACUGUCAGCAGAUGUGCGCUCUGCGACAGAGUAGAUGUGGGCACUGUGACCUUGUGUUGGGCAGGUGUGGGUUCUUCAUACUUGCCCAUCAGCAGUGCUCUGUGAAGUGUGGUGGAAUGGUUUCCCUUGCUGAUCCUCAGGGACCAGUAGACUGGCUUGGUGCUAAGCCUUCCUCAUUGGAUUGGUGCAAGAUGACCACAGACCUGCUGGUCACGUCACUCACACCAUGACAGACACUUGGACCCUGCAUCAGUGAGGAGCAAGUGAUUUGGUGCAUGUCUUACGCACGCAAAAAUACAGAGGGAUAAGGACUGAACCUCAGUGUCUAUAGCCGGGUGCAGGGCGCUCAAUGAAGCAUGUUGAAUUUUAAUAUUUUUUCUCCAGCAUUUGGGCAAUGUUUGGCCCCCAUACAGCAAGACACCCCUGUCUUCAAAUGCCUAAUGUGCAUGUUUUAAAUUUUCUAUUUUGAUUGAAGGUAACCCACAUAAAAUGUGAAAAAUGGGUUGGUAAAUCCUUCAAAGCAAAGAGGAUCUGUCACCCACUGUGGAAUUUGAAGGGUUUUGGUGUUUGACCUGCUCAACAUCCCACAGCUAAGUAUAGAGGCCAAGAAAUGGUGUGAGUGAGCACCAAGAUCUCACUCUGGGUCAGCUGAGCUGGAGACAUGGGAUAGGAAGAUGAUAAGACCUUAAGACAUAGGAGCAGGAUGUGACCAGUCAAGUCUUCUCCACCAAUCAAUCAUGGCUGAUCUAUUUUUCCCUCUCAACCCAAUUCUCCAGCCUUCUCCCCGUAACUUUUGUUGCCCCUAAUAAUCAAGGACUUAUCAAUCUCCACUUUAAAAAUACCCAAUGUGGGUCUCUGCAGCCUUGAAACCAAAGUCUAGUUCAUGUCUGCCGACCUAUUCCUAAAAGCAGAGUCUAUAUUUACUCAUCAGUCACAGCUUUCUGUUUGGAGGAGAGAGGGUGUACUUCAGCCACUGGGAAGACUAAGAGCAGAGGGAAAUGGUGAGUGCUGAUGGUAGCAGCUUGUCCAUUAAGCUCAAGGCUAACAAAAGAUAAGUGAGUUAACAUUAUAGUCGGGCGUUUGUGUUCAAUGUGCCUGUCGCCGUGUCUCCCCACGUUGUUUCCAGCACGGGUUCCAUGUCUCCCAUAUUUGUCCCAGCCGCUAUCUCAAUUCAAUCAUCAAGUGGCCCAAAGGUUCUCCUUCCUAAAGGUUAAGGUCCACCCUUAACACCCAUCGUAUGUCGGUGCUGUUGCUUCCCUUCUCUCUCCCUCAUAGCCUUGCUCGCUGCUGAUCCACAUUUGCUGCAGUCAGCACUUCUCCUUUGCUCUCCACCUCAUCCACACCCCACUCAUCUGUCCAUCUGGAUUUCUUCUCUCUCUCUGCUGAUCCAUCCCAUCAUUGAUUUAAUAUUUUCAUCGCCCCCUCGCUGGGUAGUUCCACUUAUCCCACCCUCAGAUACUGUUAAAUGCUGGCAAUCUCUCAGUCCUGAUGCAGGUCUUGACCUGAAAUGUUGGCUCUCGGCUGUUUGCCUCCACAGAUGCUGCUUGACCUGCUGAGUUUCCACCAAUGUUCCGAUGUUGUUUCAUCUCCAGGACCCGACCAUGAAUCUAUUCCAGAGGAAUCUUUAAUAACAAUAAAAAAUGCUGGGCGGGUGGAAAGAGAAACAGUUAAUGUUUCGUCUGAGCAUUAACAAUUAUUUCCCCACAGAUGCUGCCUGACCUGCUGGAUGAUUCUAGCAUUAUGCGUUUUUUAUGUCAGUCUUUCAGCAUCUUCAGUUUUUUUUUAAUUUUCUAUUGCAGGGUUGAAAAUGCAUAACAUUUCUGGUCACUGACCAUUCUCCUGGCCUGCCCCAGGGAAGAGUCGUAAGAUAGACACAAAAUGCUGGAGUAACUCAGCGGGACAGGCAGCAUCUCUGGAGAGAAGGAAUGGGUGAC